ACACACAUCUCGCUCGUGCAGUGGGGUCCAGCACAUGCGGAAAGUUGGAGACAAAGUUUUGAAGCAGUGAUAACUUACCACAAAAGUAAUUUUCGUGAAAGUCUGCGCUUCUAUCCGCAGGGUGUCUGGAAAUUCUUAUAGGCCUACCCCAGUGACACCGUUUUUUUAAAUUGUGUAACUUUUUUUAAACUAAAUUUGUAAUCAAAACUUAAAAAACGAAAACAACGUCUCGCUUGUCUUCCGUUUCGUUCUCCUUAAUGUCGAUGUUCCUGCGAGACGUCCGUGCCUCCCCGCUGCCUCUCAUUCAUCUGGCAGAGCAGAGGAGCCCGCGUCCGAGGAUAUAAUGAAGCAGUGUGUCCUUGUCUGAGACAAUGCCGCAAGAUGCUACGAACGGACGAUACUGUUUUCUCAGAAGACCAGAGACGUUUUUGCUCGACUGCAGAGAGAGAGACCAUCUAAAGAAUGAAUCUUUAGCCUCUGCAUGACAAGCUAGCUCAACAGAGGCAACAGACCAAGGACUCAAUAAUGAAGACGAAAUAUGCAAUUUUCUUCAUAUGUAUCGUGGCCCUGGUCAUCAUCGAAAAGGAAAGCAACAUCCUAUCAAGGGUCUCUGAUAAGCUGAUCCAGAGACAGACUCCACAGCAGACCCCACAGACUCCAGUGGAUUACAGCAACACAACACAAAAUGGCUCCCUGGCCAUGCUCAAAAUGCUGCUCUCUCAACUCACUGGGAGAAAGGGGAAUUACUCAAGUCUCUCUGAGGAGCAAGAGGAGGUAGAACUGGAUGAUUUAGGUAGCCACAGUGGCGGCCGUAAGCACAUAUUACUCUUGGCUGCCACACGAACAGGUUCCUCAUUUGUGGGGGAAUUUUUCAACCAGCACAAGGAGAACAUGUUCUACCUGUAUGAGCCUUUGUGGCAUGUUGAACGCAUGCUGACCAUGGCCACAGAGGCAAACAAUGGGACACUGUUGGCAGAAGUCUACCGGGAUGUACUGCAGGGGCUCUUCCUGUGUGAUUUCUCCCCUCUUGAGAAGUUCAUCUCUCCCCCACCUCAGGAUCACGUCACCCCUGCUCUUUUCCGCAGAGAGUCUAGUUUAUCGCUUUGUGAAGACUCUGUCUGCUCUCCUGUAAUCAAAGAUGUUUUUGAGAGGUAUCACUGUAAGACUCGUCGCUGUGGGCCGCUAAACUUGACCCUUGCAUCAAAAUCCUGCCUUUCCAAGCAGCACCAUGCCAUUAAGACUGUCCGUGUGCGCCAGCUAGACACAUUACAGUCUCUGGUGGAGGAUCCUCGCCUGGAUGUGCAAGUGAUCCAGCUAGUCCGUGAUCCACGGGCCAUCUUAGCAUCCCGCAUGGUGGCUUUCUCUUCGAGGUUCCAGACGUGGAAAUCCUGGGUGCAGGACGGCCAGGUGCCUGAAGAUGAUGAGGAGGUGAAGAGGCUCAAAGGAAACUGUGACAACAUUAGGAUGUCUGCAGAGGUGGGACUGAGCCAACCCCCCUGGCUGAGGAAUCGCUACAUGUUGGUGCGUUAUGAGGAUAUUGCCCGCUACCCUAUGCAGAAGGCUGAGGAGAUGUACAGGUUCACAGGGAUCCCAUUUAGUCCCCAAGCUAGGGAUUGGAUUCUGAGGAACACCCAGACCACACAAGGAGCUAGCGGGAUUUACUCCACCCAGAAGAACUCAUCAGAGCAGGCAGAGAAAUGGAGAUAUAGCAUUCCCUUUACACUGGCUCAGGUAGUACAGAGAUUGUGUGGACCCACCAUGAAGCUGUUUGGGUACAGAUUUGUGGAUGAUGAAAAGACACUGAUCAAUAAGUCUAUCAGUUUGCUUGAUGAGAAACUAUUUCAUUAAUCAAAAAAUAUAGCUGUGAAUCUGCAAAACACAGCACACAAUGGAUCAGAGCCAGAAGAAGCCAUUAUUGCACAGACCAAAAUUAGCAAGCAAAGGUGCCACAAAAUACACAAAAUGUUUUACUGGUAACAGGAAGAUUUGGGCCAUACAGUAAUAUUCAAACUCACCAAUGAUGUGCCUCAUUGUAGCAAUGAAGAGCCACUUCACAAAGAGAAGUAUUUAUUUGCAUACUGUGUCUACUGUCAUGCUCUGUAUUUCAUUUUAAAUGAAAACAGCAUAGAUGUCAAAACUGUCUUGUAAGAGAUUAUUAUGUAAGAUUUUGAUAGUUGAUCAUGUUUAGAUUUUCAGGGAUAAACUACAGGGAACGUUCAAGUGAAUUGUGUGUUGUUUGUGUGUAUGUCUGAAAGAAAGUGAUGUUUCUAUUCAUAGGGUUUAUGACACCAGUGCUUAAUUCUGCCUAGUUUUGUUCUGGUUUGUAGUUUGAUAGAUCUGCACUAGAAUUAGACAACUGUUAGAAUCACUUUAGAUUAGACCUGAUGUGUUUUCAUAGGGCUUUACAUAUCCAGCUCAGGUAAAGUGGAAGGGACAUUGCAUUUUGUGGAGUAUUUAUAUCUUCCCAGAACACGGUGUGAAAAAACCAAAUACCAUUUAAAGCAAUUAUCUUAUGUAAUUAAGGUGUCACUACAAUAUACCUUAAAAAGAUCUGAUUAAGAUGGAUAUAUAAUACUGAGAUAAAAAUAAUGAGGUUAAAAUGAAGCAGUGUAAUGUUACAGAAGAAUUAUAUCAUUAUAUUAUUCAGAUACCUACAUGUGUCUUCAACAUAUGAAUGUGUUUUUCCCAAUAGCCAUAGUUGUAGUAAUGUAUUUACCAGGGCUCCCCCCCCCCCAUUAACAGGCAGUUGGGUGUCAUUUUAUAAAAUUGGCUUCUCUGCUCCCGCUCUGAAGCACAAGGUGUUGCGUCAGAGCUGAUACAUUGAUUUCAGACAAUUGUGUUCAUGGACACACGAACAAAAUGCUUGUGCAAAUAAGUUGUUUUAAUCGCUUCCCAGCUCAGAGAAAUAAAAUCACCAGAAAUAUUAA